CUAUCUUGGUAUAGUACAUUUUUGAAUUUGUUUCUAAAUUUGUAGUUUUUUCAAAAUGUUGAAACUAAGUUCAAUGUAUACUUUAUUAUUAUACUUACUUCUUACUACAAAUGUUUUAUGCGACCGGAAUAAUGUAUCAAAAAAUGAUGACCCGUUUUGGAUUAAUCCAUGUGGCUACACCACUUAUAAUGGUAAAGACUAUGAUGAUUCUGAUGCUGGUAUCAUAGACCGUAUUUUAACUAUACAAAGACAAUGUCAAAAAAAUAUUGAUCCGUUUAAACGUGAGUACAUUCAGCAAACAUUCAAAUCUGAUUAUGAUACGCACUAUGAUAGAUGGAUCAAUGAAAAUAAUAGCUGGAUGACUUCCCGACUUUUAAAUAGGGCUGAAGAUAAUAUGCAACAAUCAUGUUUGGAAUCACGUUCAUUUCCCAGUGAAUUGAAAUUCACUUAUGAAUUAUUACAACAAGUUGCUGUUGGUUAUGAAGUAUUGCUUGAUGAUGCAAAUAAUGUUGAUUAUUUGGAAAAUCGUUUCCUUAAUAGUUUUACCACUUGUAAGAAUGAUUUGCAGCAACUUCUAUGUGAGAUUAGUGAUGAUGUUGACAUUACACAUCAAGAUAAACCAAAAGAUGUUACUAGAGACCAAGUCCCUAAUGAUGUCCGGCAAGAAACCAGCACUGCUGAGAGAAAUCUCACAAAUUCUAUUAUUUUUCGUGAUUAUAUGAUAGCUAUUAAGUAUAUGAAAAAUACCUAUGAAUAUUUAAGAAGCAAAUGUAAAAAUGAUAUUAUUGAUUUUAAAGUAUGGUUAAAAAAAAAUCGUAAACGUAAUCAUUAAUAUUUAUUUUUAUUAUUUUUACUCGCUAUACUGAGUUUUUCAUUAUAUAAUAUAUAUAAAGAUACCUUUGGUUUUAUUUAAUAUAUUAUUACCUUUUUUUCUUUUUUACUAAUCCAUAACUAUAAUUUAUUAUAUUAUAA